AUGUCCAAUGAGGAAACUAGAAUAGCUAAAGCCUUCUUGAAUACUCAAGAAUUUUCCCACGAUCCUAACCAGUUGGAAACCUCACCAUCAUUUUCAUUCCGGUUCGAAUUACUUCUUUUUGAGCCGCUGAUAAUUUUUCCCAAAUAUUUAGACAGCCCAGUAUAUAACCAUGAUAUUGUCCAAUCAUUGAUACAAGACCUCCACAUAACAACGACCAUUUUUACGGAUGGAAGCAAAGAUCCGUUAGGUAUUGGUUGUGCCUUCUUCAUUCCAAACUUGAACCUAACUAGAAAAUUCAAAUUGCCAAAAUCUUGUAGCAUUUUCACAGCUGAGGCCGUUGCAAUCGAAAAGUCGUUAAAAUGGUGUAUUGAGAAUGGCAAUGGUAAUGAUGCAAUUAUCUUCUCGGAUUCGAGGUCUGUUCUCGAAAAUAUUAACAAUAUACGAUCAAUUAACAAAAGAAGACCACUAAUCUAUCGAAUUAGAAACCUCCUCAUGAAAGCGUCACAUAAAAACAUGAAAAUUUUUCUUGUAUGGGUAAAGGGUCAUAGUGGAAUAGACGGAAACGAAAUAGUCGAUGCCUCUGCGAAAGAUGCCCGCAUAAGCGGAGAAAUCUUGAAUAUUCCUUGCUACCCGGACAUCUUAGCUGAAUUCAAACACGGCAUUCGAAAAAAAUGGAAACAUAGAUGGAAAGAGAUCGGUCAAAAUAUUAGUAAAAAUAAAUAUUUUCUUAUACACCCCGACCUCCCCAAAAAAGUACCACACAUUUUUGCGUUCGAUGUGAAUAAGAAGUAUUGUACCAUAAUUACGAGAAUGAAAAUCAAUCACGGACUAUUUAAUGAGCAUUUGCAUCAGAUUGGAAUCUCAAACUCUCCCUUAUGCGCAGAAGACGAAGAAAUCGCAGAUCUGAACCAUUUGAUUUUUAGUUGUAGCAAAACUAGAGAAAAACACGAACUGAUUGAAAAACUAUUGGAGACAAAUAUACAACUUCCAGUAAAUAUUCAGGCUCUUCUAGCCUCCGAGAACAAAAACGUCUACGAUAUCUUGGUAGAACACAUUAUUAAAAAUGGCAUAUUAAUAUCAAACACCUAGUGUCAAAAUUUUUAGUGUGUGGCUGAAGAACUAUGUUCAGUGCCAACU